AUGCUCAUCUCCGACGAAUCACCGAUAUCGCGUCUCCAUCAAGCUUCAUAUCCAUUCGACCUCCUCACGCUACUGUCAGCUUUAAGUUUCGAAGCUUCACACUGCCUCUCUGCUCGCUUGCGAUUUCGCGUUCAACUUCGCUUCGUCGCGCUACACCGAUCAUCACCUCUAGACCAGUUCGGCGCGUCUUCAAUAGUGAGACAGAAAAUAAAUGAUCCAGAAGAUAAGAUCGUCCUCCUCCUUUUUCUCCCCUUGGAUCUAAAGAUGAAAUCUGUUAUAUAUCAGUUGCUUGGCUUGUCUGAGAAGCUUCUCAGCAGGUUGCAGUUUCAAGUGAUGCAGUGUCGGGUUUAUGAACCAGUUUUGGAUAUAGUUUCACAUAUUAUUAUCUGA